AUGGAUCAAGAGGUCUUUCUGAAAAAAUAAUGGUUUAUUAUGACACAUGAGGGAAAAAUUGAAUAAUUUUAUGAUAUCAAUUUAAAAAAGGUGAUUGGAUCAGGAACUUAUGGAAGUGUGGUGAAGGCAACGCUGAAGGGCACUAAGAAUUAGAGAGCCGUGAAAGUGAUCCCUAAAAGCAAGGUGAAAAACCCUGAUCGUUUCAAAAAAGAAAUUGAUAUAUUGAGAUAAUUAGAUCAUCCUAAUAUCAUAAAAUUAUAUGAAACUUUCGAGGAUCAAAGAAAUGUGUAUUUGGUGAUGGAAUUAUGUGAAGGUGGAGAAUUGUUUGAUCGCAUAAUGGACAAAGGAUACUUCAGUGAAGCCGAGGCUCAUGAAAUCUUUCUUUAGAUAAUGCAAGCCUUGAAUUAUUGCCAUACAAAUGGUAUAUGCCAUAGAGAUCUUAAACCUGAAAACUUCUUGUUCUUGACAAAGGCUGAUGAUUCUCCAAUCAAAGUAAUUGAUUUUGGAUUGAGCACAUUGUUUGAAGAUCCAAUUAUCACAAUGAAAACCAAGGCUGGAACCCCAUACUACAUUUCACCUGAAGUCUUGAAGGGAAGUUAUGAUGAAUCUUGUGACAUUUGGAGUGCAGGAGUCAUUCUCUACAUCCUCUUAUCUGGAGUGCCUCCCUUUUACGGUGACAGUGAUCCUGAAAUAUUGGAUGCAGUACAAAAGGGAGAAUACACAUUUGAAAUACCUGAGUUGAAAUCAGUCAGUGAAUCAGCCAAGGAUUUGAUUUCUCAUAUGAUAACAACACCAGAAAAGAGAUACAAGGCAUCCCAAGUUAUCUAACAUAAAUGGAUGAAGGAUGGCAGCAAAAAUACUAAAUAGUUGAAACUAAACUUUGGACAAUUGAAAAACUUCAAUGGUAGCAAUAAACUCAAAAAAGUGGCUCUAACAUUCAUAGCUUCUCAAUUGAACGAGUAGGAAAUUGCUGAUUUGGGAAAAUUAUUCAAAUAAUUGGAUAAGAAUGGGGAUGGAGUACUAACCAUAGAUGAACUAAGAGAAGGCUUAAUUGGAAUGAGUGAUGUGUAGGCUAAGGAAUUAGGAAAUAUCAUAAAGAGCAUAGACACUGAUGGGAAUGGAACUAUUAAUUAUACAGAGUUCUUGGCAGCUACGAUGGAGAAGAGAAACUAUACUAGGCAUUUUAAGAUGUUGGAUUUAGAUGGAAGUGGAAAGAUUGAUAAGCAUGAGUUGUAGACUGUGUUAGGAAAAAGUGAGAAAAUUAUAGAUGAAAAAUAUUGGGAUGAUAUGAUAAAGGAGGCAGAUAAGAAUGGGGAUGGAGAGAUCGAUUAUAACGAGUUUAUUGAGAUGAUGGACAAGUUUAGUUUAAUAAAUUGA